UGCUCUCUCAUAUUGUUUGUCCACCUAGGGAAAUCCAACUGGGACAUCAUCUACUAUGUUGUCGUUCAAAUAAGAAGGUACAAGUUUCUAUGAUGCGCCCUCCUCAACAAGUAAUAAACAUGUCAUUAGAAAACAUGACAACUCCUCCUAAAAUGCUCAACCAAUCCCAUAAACAUAAUUUAAACCACUGACUUUUCAAUAAAGCAAAUGAAUUUUCGUACUCCUUGACUUUUCAAAAUAGAACAUUUGAUAGACAAUAUAGAAUGGAGGGAGUAAAAUGGUAAAGCAGUAUGAUCUUCUAACUUCUCUAGAAGUAAUGACCCAGUUAUAUCAUGUGGCUUCAAUUUCUGCCUUUGGAGUGAGUUUGGACAGUUUAAAUGCUAUUUCAGAUGUGGGAUCAUCAUGCAAUGACCAACAAAGCAAGAGCCCAAUGCUUUCAAUGCUUAUAAUAUAAAUAUAUAGAGAGAGAUAACCCUAAACACACAGACCCGCCGCCACCCAGACCCCUCCCUAGUCGGCAUGUGGCAUCUCACCACGGCAACAGACUUGGUCGACAGGCCCCGGCACUGCCGUUGAGGACUGGCCGGUGUCGAUCCUCCCUCCAGUGACCGGAUUUUGCAGCUUCUGUCUCGGUUUCCGUCGUCUGUGUAGUACUUUUGUGAUGUCUGUCCCUGUCUCUGCUUCUGUCUUCGUCUCUCCGUCGUCUGCCUCUGUUGUCAAAACCAGAUUUGUCUCUGUCUCCCUACAUAAACGCCACCACCCUCUCCUACUCUAGAACGGCGAGUGAUCACGCGAGCACAAAUAAGGUCAACGGGCCCCAACAACUCCGCCGAGGGACGUCAGGAGUUAACCCCCUCUCCGGUGACCAGGUUUUUUCGCAAAAACCGACCUAGAUGAAGUUCUUUUGUUUUACUUUAAGAAGAUGAAGUUGGAGCAGUAGGGAGUAGUGGACACAGAGGGACUUGACCAUGACGACACGCGAUGUGGACUCAUCUCAGUUGGAAGGCAAGAAGUGGUUGAAAGUGGAAUAAAAAACUUUCGUUUUUACGAAAGAGGGAAGAAAUAAUUUUCAUAUUUCUGAACGUAGCAAAAUGAUAGCUAAGUUCAUGUGUCUAGGGGGGAUGGCAGCUUCGUGGGUGGCUAAGGGGAUUGAGGAUUGUUUAGAACUUAUCCGUCAUGAAGGUUUCUUCAGAGAGUUAAGGAUGGGUAGUAGAGUUUUUAUCAUUCAACAUCAUGCUAACACAAGGGGCAGCUUUCUGCAACUCUCAAAAUUAUGGAAUGGAAGGAGGAAAAUAUUGUUAGUGAUUCUGGAGGGCGCUAAUGGCAUUGGAUGGAAAGGCUUUCUGCAGUCCAUUCGAAGUGUUAUUGGGGAGUUUGGAAAAACAGUGGGAAGGCCGUCUUCAGUCAAAGGUGCUUCGUACGCUGCGGUGUUGAGGUCAUUGGCGGGUAGUCCAAUCGAGAACAACUCAGCGGCAGAAGGAAAGAGUAAGGCACUUGUAACAGACAAAGGCCGUCAGGUGACAUUAGGAGAGGUGGAGGGGGUCUUGUGGGAUGUCAAAGCUCAAUUGAAGGGAGUUAUAGAGUAUGUGAGAGAUCUAAUGAUUAAAGUGGAUAAGAGGCUAGACUUAGUCAUGGGUUUUGGCAGUGGGCCGAGCAUGGAUGAGGGAGGGCGGAGGGUUGAUCCUUCGAGUUUGAAGGCCACAAGUGUGCAGGCAAAAGACGUUUCAACGCCGUCACAAAUAGGGUCAUUGGACGCUAGCAUCUUUGUCCAUGCCAGUGUCACUAUGCCUCUUGAGGGAGCUGUAGGACCUCAAUCACCAUAUGCAGAUGAGAUUGGUACUUCUGUCCAAGGUUCAUCCUUAGUUGAAGACGGGGGACCCUCCAAGAUCUUGAAUAUUUUGGAAGAAACAGUCAAACCUCUUUUGGAAGAUGCAAACGGAGUUACAGAAGCAAAGAGAAUAAAAUAACGUGAUCACAUGCAUGCGACUUAUUCUCUAAUUUGCUGCAACCCAUACCUAGCAAUGUCUUAUUGGUGGGUGUAAAAGAGGGAUUGUCACCCGACCGGUUGGUAGCUACUCUCAUAAUAUAAAUAUAUCAGGGUUCAAACAAAUCUUAAAUUGAGUCAUUAGCUUAAAAGUUAUGGGUAUUUCUGUGCGCAGGAUUGGAUCUGGAAUUUCAUAAAAGCUCUGUGCAUCAUUUCAUUCUAGAGUUCCUGAUAGUAUAAAAAACCUCCUAUUGAGUUUUACUAAAAAUUUAUUUACGAGGGCAUAUAAAAAUGUAUUUAUGUAGUAGUUAAAUUAGGAAUCCUAGUCCUGAUAGCUUAAUUCAGUCCAUCUAAAUAGGCUGCACUGCAUUUAAAGAAUGCAAACUUCACUUAAUAGUAUGUCAAAUGUUUUGAGUAUUAAUGUGACUUUAGUGCAAGUUUUCAUCCAUUCUUCUUCUUCUUUCUUCAGAGCAUAAUCAUUGUUGAUUUUUCAGAUUAGAGUCAACAUAGGCCCAAUAAAAAAAGUCCCUCUUUUCUUCUCUCUUUCAACCCCAAAUGAAAGCAUUUCCUAAAACCUAAAAGCUCUGCAUUUUUGCUGAUUCUUAGUCACCAACUGAGCCCUUUGAGUAAACCUACAAUUAGAGUUGCAUUGCUGCCCAGAUUCCCAGCAAGCAGAUUCCUCAAUUCCCAGCCUCUUGCAGCCUCUAAACUUUAAAGACUCUAAUUCUAUCACGAAAUAGUAGCAUCUUAGCAUCAAUUAAUAAAUAGCAGAUCUAAAAAAUAAAGCAGUCAUCUACAAAAAUGAUUCAAAAAUGACAGUAA